AUGAGUACUACGGGGUCCCGGAAGAGAAGAUACGCUACGAAGGGGAAGACCGGCUGUAUCACCUGUCGCAUUCGUCGGGUCAAAUGUGAUGAAGACAAGCCUAGUUGCCACCGCUGUGUCUCCACUGGCCGCAAGUGCGAUGGAUAUGACCUCACUCCCUUGUUUUCGAGCGGUAGAAUACUUCAGCCGAUAGUUUCUGGAGGCAGUGACCCCGAAAGUCAAGCCAUCUAUCAAUUCCGGACUAGAAUCGCAACACUCAUCGCCUCCUCAUUCGACGCCAACUUCUGGACAUAUGAUGUAUUACACACCUCAGAUAGAUACACACCCGUCCGACACGCCCUAGCAGCACUCGCGUCGGCAUACCAGAAGUCUAUCCUCCUCGGCAUAGAGUCCAAAAGCUGCGAUAUGUUUAUCUUUUCCCAGUACCAAAAGGCUAUGAAAGCUCUCUCCAUUUGCUUUCAGGAGCCCAAAGUUCUCUCUACAUCUGAAAGGAUGGCUGCCUUGGUUGCAAACUUUCUCUUCACUUACCUUUGUUCAUUGCAAGGUCUUCGCCAAGAAGCUCUCGUUCAUUUGAGAAAUGGCCUGGCACUCAUUCAUGAAUGGGACGGCCUGAGAGGCGAGGGCCAACAUAUGAUGACGGAUAUACUAGGAUUGUACAUGAGAUUAGACACGCAGACUCGCGUCAUCUCAACGACCGACAGUACGUCGUAUUGCUUGGGAGGUCGCUCUCAACGAGGAACUUUACAGGGUGCUUUUGGCACACCGUCAGUGUGCUCGUUGUUACGCCAGCUCGAUGCUAUACAUGGCCAAAUACUUCAGCCCUCAAAUAUCCAAGCCUCAAUUCUAUCCACCGAGUACUCCCUGAAACUUUGGGACCGGCAAUUUGAGAACCUAAGCGUUACUUCUCAAGAAGAGAAGAAACAUGUGACUGCGCUUAGAAUGCGACGGACAAUGGUCGAAGUUACCCUUGAUCUGGCAUCCAACAGAAGUAAUGAUGCAGAAAAGGCUGUCGAUAAAAAUUGCAAAACAAUUCUGGAUCUCGCGCUCCAACUAAUCCAGGACCUUGGUCUUCGACCUGCUCAGGCUGGGUUGAAUCUGGCGAAUGGUCUUGUCGAAGCACUGUACUUCGUCGCUGUCACCAGCGAGGAUUGGGACUUGCGGCACCAAGCCAUACAAUUUCUACGACAAUAUCGAUUUACUGAUGGGGUAUGGGGGAGUAAUGCUGCAGCAGAUCUGGCGGAGGGCCGAUUACAGGGUGAUAUCUACCGGUAUCGGCAGCAGCUCGAGGCAUAA